AGGGAGCUUUUGUUUGCUCGAGGAUGGAACUGCGGUUGGUGGCACAGAGCACGCCGGCUCGCGGUCGCAGCCAGCACGGGAAAGGUUGGUAGGUGGCGGGCAGGUAAAAGAGGAAACGAACCCAAGCGACAGACGGGCAGCGUGGGGAGGCCGCCGCCGUUGCGGUAUAUAAACGGACGCUCGCCGUUGGGGGACCAACCGAAGCAGCGACAGAGCUCUUCCCUCCCACACGCUCGGCGCUCUGUCCGCCAGAAAUCUCGUCGCUGGUCAGUGCUCUCACUUUUGCUUUGCCGCGUAAUCCCGCACCUCAUUUUUAUCUCCACGCCCAGCCGCCUGCUUUCGGCGACUCCGAGGUUUCUCCGUCCGGUUCCGUCGUCGUCACAGCUACCUUUGCUCCGGCCCGCAGGUAGAAGAGAAUCGUGCCAUUUGUCAUGUCAGGAGGAUCUUCACCAUCAUCAAGGCGAAACAGCUUUAAUUCUUUGUCUAAGGACCUAGACCUUCCUUCAGAGCAAGGUUGUCUCUCCAUUGUUGUACUUGGGGCUUCUGGUGACCUUGCUAAGAAGAAAACAUUCCCAGCCCUCUACCACCUCUUUGAGCAGGGAUUCAUACAAUCUGGAGAAGUCCAUAUAUUUGGUUAUGCUAGAUCAAAUCUUUCUGAUGAUGGGUUAAGAGAACGCAUUCGUGGGUAUCUCAAAGGAGCCCCAGAAGAUCUUUCAGAAUUUUUGCAACUAAUAAAAUAUGUCAGUGGUUCCUAUGAUACUGGAGAAGGAUUUGAGAAACUGAACAGGGCAAUAUCAGAGUAUGAGGUGUCAAAGAGUUCAGGAAGCUAUCGCAGGCUCUUUUAUUUGGCAUUGCCUCCAUCUGUCUACCCUUCAGUGUGCAAAAUGAUCAGAACAUAUUGCAUGAAUCCAUCUUCUCACCCUGGAUGGACCAGAGUCAUUGUUGAGAAGCCCUUUGGAAAGGACUUGGAUUCCGCUGAAGAAUUAAGUGCCCAACUUGGGGAGCUAUUCGAGGAACACCAACUAUACAGGAUAGACCAUUACCUGGGAAAAGAGUUGGUCCAAAACUUGCUUGUUCUUCGUUUUGCCAACCGAUUAUUCUUGCCUCUUUGGAACCGCGACAAUAUUGAUAAUAUACAGAUUGUAUUCAGGGAAGACUUUGGUACUGAAGGGCGUGGAGGAUAUUUUGACCAAUAUGGAAUCAUUCGUGAUAUCAUUCAGAAUCAUUUACUGCAGGUUUUCUGUUUGGUUGCAAUGGAAAAGCCUGUCUCCCUUAAGCCUGAGCACAUCAGAGAUGAGAAAGUCAAGGUUCUGCAAUCUGUGAACCCUAUUAAGCCUGAAGAGGUAGUCCUUGGGCAAUACGAUGGCUACAAGGAUGACCCUACAGUGCCAGAUGACUCGAAUACCCCAACUUUUGCAUCUGUUGUUCUUCGGGUACACAAUGAAAGAUGGGAAGGUGUUCCUUUCAUUCUUAAAGCUGGUAAAGCAUUGAGUUCAAAGAAAGCAGAAGUUCGGGUGCAAUUCAAGGAUGUCCCUGGUGACAUUUUUAGAAGCAAGAAGCAAGGAAGAAAUGAGUUUGUUAUACGCCUCCAACCAUCAGAAGCCAUGUACAUGAAACUAACUGUUAAGAAGCCUGGGUUAGAAAUGGCUACUGAACAAAGUGAACUUGAUCUGUCAUAUGGGAUGCGGUACCAAAAUGUCAAAAUUCCUGAGGCAUAUGAACGCCUUAUCUUGGAUACAAUAAGAGGUGAUCAGCAGCACUUUGUUCGCAGAGAUGAGCUACAGGCUGCUUGGAAGAUCUUCACUCCUUUGCUGCAUGACAUUGACGACGGCAAGCUGAAGGCCCUCCCGUAUGAACCUGGCAGCCGGGGACCCAAGGAAGCCGACGAAUUGAGCGCGAGAGUUGGAUACGUGCAGACCCACGGUUACAUAUGGGUACCGCCGACCCUUGCAUAGAAGAGAAUACGAAUUGUUUGUACCUAGGAAGAUCCGAGUGUCCUACAAUAAAGCUGUGCGUAUAUGCUCAUUUUCGCUAUAUCGCCUGCCGUUGUAAUAAUGUUGUGCUGGAUAUGAAAUAAAAUUGCGUGUUCCAUUCAGUAUAUGCAAUGGCCAGCGAUGGAAUGUUGUUUUA